GACUCACUUUGAUUUUUGUUUUGUUUACAUGCGGUUGAAAUUAUAAAAACCUUAAUUAUAUUAAGAAUGCCGUUUGAUACAAAAAGAAUUAAUGGUCCAGAUAAUACAUUCUCAUAUAGACAAUUCAUAGAUGCUGACAAAGAUGAGAAAAAUAAGAAGGAAUUUACAGGAAAGCGGAAUGAUAAUCGCGAGUUACUGGAUCAUAGAAAAAUUGCUGUUCAACUAAAUGCCAUCACAAAAGCCAAAGGAUCUUGCUACAUAGAGAAUGGAAAUACGAAAAUAAUUUGUGGAGUUUUUGAAUUGAGAGAAAUAGCUAAAAGCAGCAGAUACAACGAUAAAGGACAACUCUACUGUGAUUUCAAGUAUGCACCGUUCUCAAGAGAAACUCGCAAGUCAGUAACUGAAAAUGAGGAAAAAUCCCUAGCGAUGAGUAUAAAAUUAGCACUAGAAUCGCUUGUUUGCCUUCAUGAAUUCCCAAACUAUCAAAUUGAUGUCUUUAUAAUGGUUCUUGAAGAUGAUGGAGCUGUAUUAUCAACAGCAGUAAUGGCUGCUGGAAUGGCAUUCGUUGAUGCCAGUAUUUCAUGCUUUGAUAUCAUCACAUCUUCAACAAUAGCCUUUAUUGACGGAAUUAUGGUCGUAGAUCCAACAUCUGAGGAAGAAGACAUAGCUAAUUCAACGAAUCCACCAGAAAAUCAUGGUACAAUCACGAUAAGUAGCUUAAACUCGAUGGAUCAAAUAUCACAAGUUAUAUUCAAUGGCUUUAUUGAGCCUCAAUUGUUAAAGGAUGCUAAAAAGCAGCUACUGGAAAUCAAUAAAGUUCAUGAAAUUUAUUUAAAGAAAGUUGUAAGCAUGAAAAUCAUAAAAGAGCAUCGUGAAACUUGAUAAUAAAGUUAUGAAAUUUAUUGCUAUUUUCUCA